GGGGCGGGCGCGGCGCGUGCGCGGCGGCGGCGCAGCGCGGCACGUGAAGGUCGCGGCGGCACCGGUACCGCGAUGGACGCGCCGUCCGCCGCCGGGCUGGGCGGCGCUGACCCCCAGCUCCAGCGCUUCAUCGAGGUGGAGACGCAGAAGCAGCGCUUCCAGCAGCUAGUGCACCAGAUGACCGAGCUCUGCUGGGAGAAGUGCAUGGACAAGCCGGGUCCGAAGCUGGACAGCCGGGCCGAGACGUGCUUCGUGAACUGCGUGGAGCGCUUCAUCGACACCAGCCAGUUCAUCCUGAACCGGCUGGAGCAGACACAGAAGUCCAAGUCGGCCUUCUCGGAGAGCCUAUCCGACUGAGCGGGACCCGCGCCCCGGGGGACACCAGCCAGCCCCCCCCCCACGAGGCCGGGCCCUCUGCCGCGCUGGCUUCUGGUCACUGUGCUGUCUGAAUGAGCCAGGAUCAGGUCUGGGGUUUAGGAUUUAAUUGAAAUGCCAGUCUCUAGGAAGUUGCAGUCAGAUGAGAGCCCAUAACAGAGAGACAGUCGCUCCUUGUCAUGGUGACAUGCUGGGACCUCCUGGCUCUAGCAGCCGUCUUUGUGCUGGGACUCCAGGGCCGCCGCUGCUCUGCAGCGGGUGCUUGGAACGCGCCUGCUCAGCUGAAGGGAGGGCUGGUGAUGCUCGCUCAGGCCGCUCCCAGCGCUGAUAUGACUCUCAGCCCUGGGUAGGGCCGGCCUGCAACCACUGCCUUAAACGAUGCUGCAUGAAAUGAACCCUCCUGGGUGGAAGCUGACAAGCCCUGCAGGUGCCACCGCUCUGCAGUCCAGUACAGGUACGAGAAGAGCUUGUUGGGCAUAGUGAUCAUCCCAGGCAGUGUCACUGCUGGAAAAUACUUUCAGGCUUCCAUAGGUAAAUCAUUGAUGUGGCCAAGAGACAAACUCUCAAGUUGCAGCACAACUCUGUCAAUACUGACUUGCUCCAUUAACUGCUUUCCCCUGGUCAACGUAAUAAAUAUUAACUGGGUCAAUUUUUAACAUGACAUUCUCAUUUGUGCAGGGAGAUGACCACUGAGAAUUGGCAAUCUGGCCACCUUGUCACUCCCUUUCCUUCCCAGUGGUCCUGUUUAUUACCAAAUUAGUAGGGAGGGGGCAGAGUUGCCUUCUGAUUAGGUGGUCUGAUCUGAACUCUGAUUGAUUGCUCAGUUAAUUUGGCCCCAUUAAUCAAACUUAUUUGUGGGGGAGGCUGUGGCUUUUCCCUUCUUUUUCCCAAAGGGUUAACAGUUCCUGUUGUAAAGGUGUAGUUUCUUUAAGGAGACAAAAUGCAGGGAAUAAGUAACCAGCUACUUUACAACCUCAUAGAGAUCACUGCAGGGACACCUAUGGCUGUGUCUUCCAGACCUCUGCCCCCAGGGUACAGAGAUGAGGUUCUAACUGGAAAAGCAACAAACUACUGAUCUGCCCUCUGGAAAGGCAGCACAGCAUUUCCACAUGGCUCUGGGAAGCCAGGAGAGACCCACUGGUCCUGGCUUGGAGUUCUGCAAGGGAACCUGGUAAAGCAGUUCUGCACGAGUCCAUUUGCUGUGGGUGGCUGGACAAGGUCUGUGGGUUCCUGUAUGGGCGGCCUGUAGCCAUCAGCCUUCCUGAGACUCAGGCUGUGUCAAGCAGAGUGUUGCAGAUACAGCCCAAUGUAAGUGAUACAGAGCUGCCUGGUUACCUUUCAGAAACUUGCCUCAAGAGCUAAGGUCACUCCUGUUCCUAGAGAAAGCAAUACCCUCUCCUGGCCCUACCCUGACUUUCUCUUGAGCAUCCACACAACUCUUCCUCCCCCCUUCACACUGUUCAGUGCUGGCCCAGCUCUGGUACAAAUCUAGCAGCAGCCACUCAGUAACUGAACAGAUCUGGCUUUAAUAGAAUGCAGUGAGCAUGGGUUUCAUCACCCUGCACAGCAGACAUUGCAUGAAGAGUCUGAUCCCUCUGAAAGCCACAGCACCAUGUGGCAGCACCACUGAAGGUUUCCAGUUUUGGUUGUAUGCUGUUCUUGGGUGUGAAUCUGAAAAUAAAUCCUAGCAGAGUGAGCAAAACAAGUACUUGACAGGAAUUUUUAAGUUAAUGCUCUGGGUAUGUCAUCUUUAAAGCCAGACAUCUGUCUUCUCUCUAUAUAAUCCUAGCACCACGUUAGGUUAUUAUCU